AUGCGUGUGGGUGGACGCUUGCAAAAUUCCGCGUACCCAUACGACGUCAAACACCCGGUCAUUCUCCCAGCCAACCACAAAGUGACCGAGUUACUUCUGCGAGACAUUCAUCUGCGUAAUCUCCAUGCGGGACCCAGUCUUCUAGCAGCGACAGUCAAUCAACAGUACUGGGUGGUAGGACUGCAGACCGCUGUCCGUCUUACUGUUCAAGGAUGUACUCGUUGCGUGCGACUCAAAGGGAAGACAGCGACACAACUCAUGGGAAGCCUGCCUGUGCCUCGGGUGACGGGAACUCGAGCUUUCACACACGUCGGCGUGGAUUAUGCCGGUCCACUGAAGGUUCAUGCAUCCUGCGUCCGCGGGGUGAAAACCACCAAGGGCUACAUCGUGGUGUUUGUGUGCAUGGCCACGAAGGCUGUGCACUUGGAGGUUGCCAGUGACCUCUCGACGAACACCUUCAUCUGUGCACUGAAGCGGUUCAUCUCCAGGCGAUCUCAUCCGAACGAUAUAUGGUCCGACUGCGGUACAAACUUUGUUGGUACGGACCACUGGUUGAAGGAGAUUCAAGGUGCAAGACAGACUCACAACGAAGCAGCAGGACGAUUUCUCUCCAACUUGGGAAUAAAGUGGGUGUUCAACCCGCCUUCAGCGCCUCAUCGCGGCGGCAUUUGGGAGGCGGCGGUGAAGAGCGCCAAGAAACAUCUGGUCGCAGUCUUGGGCUCCGAAGCAGCAACGUACGAAGAUCUCUCAACAGUUUUGGCGCAGGUGGAAGCAUGCCUUAACUCGCGACCACUGUGCCCACUUUCAACGAACCCAGACAGCUACGAAGCGUUGACCCCAGGACAUUUCCUGGUCGGACAGCCAAUCAACCUCAUCCCGGAGCCAGAUGUUCGACACAUUCCUAUGAAUCGUUUGGACAAAUGGCAACUUCUGCACAAGCACACGACCGAAAUCUGGAAACGUUGGCGCGAUGAAUAUGUGUCCAGCCUGCAACCUCGGAGCAAGUGGCGUACCACUGAGGCCAACGUGGAGAAGGAUCAGCUGGUGCUAGUCAAGAAUGACAAUGCCCCACCGGCUCACUGGGAGUUGGCGCGUAUUGUUCAGCUACACCCGGACUCGACAGGAGUCGUCCGGACAGUUACGUUGCGGCGUGGUCAAGCGGAGUACUCACGCCCCAUACAGAAGAUCUGCGUGCUACCGUCGGAUUGA